CAGAAGACCUGGCUAAGUGAAGGGUUUGCGAUUGUAAACAGAAAGCUUCAUACUGAUUCCGCCAAUCCUUCCGAGCACAGCCGCUGAGUUGUUCAACAAGCAUUUUUCAACCAUACGCAACAUGUCACUUGGACGCACUUUCCUCAGAUUGAGAUGCAACCAUGGGCAAUGCAAAUGUGGAGGCAGCCAUUUCCAGUGAAAAUUAAAGACAUCUUCAGUCAGAGAAAGAUGAAUGGAGGCUUGGGAGACAGUUUCCUGACAGGGCAAGUUAUUCUGUAUGGGCGCUAAGAUCAGAUAUUUCCAUGUUGACUCCCUGUGAUGGAUGAAGUUGUUUUAAAUGAGAGUACAAGUGACGGUGAGGCACACGAAGCUCCUGGUUUCUCUAUGGUUCAGAAGACAGUUCUCAUCACAUUUCUCUCAGCUAUUAUGAUAAUGACUAUUUUUGGGAAUUUACUGGUUAUGGUAGCUGUAUGCAAGGACAGACAGCUACGGAAAAUCAAGACCAAUUACUUUAUUGUCUCUUUGGCAUUUGCUGAUCUGCUUGUUUCAGUCAUGGUAAUGCCUUUCGGAGCUAUUGAACUCAUACAGCAAAACUGGAUAUAUGGGGAUAGAUUUUGUCUCAUCCGAACUUCGUUAGAUGUCCUGCUUACUACCGCAUCUAUUCUUCAUCUCUGCUGCAUUUCUUUAGAUAGGUACUAUGCCAUCUGUUGUCAACCACUGGUUUAUAGGAACAAAAUGACACCCUUGUGUGUUACUUUAAUGCUUGGGGGCUGUUGGAUUAUCCCAUCAUUCAUUUCAUUCCUACCUAUCAUGCAAGGCUGGAACAUCAUUGGAAUACAGGAAUUGGUAGAAGAAAGAAAAUUCAGCAAUGACACAGAUACAAAAUGUAUUUUUAUGGUGAACAAACCUUAUGCCAUAACGUGUUCAGUUGUAGCAUUUUACAUACCUCUUAUUUUAAUGGUACUGGCAUACCAAAGGAUAUAUGUGACAGCCAGAGAGCAUGCACGACAGAUUGAAAUGUUAAAACGUGCGGGAACCUCAACAGACUCUGGGCAACAAGCUGACCAUCCAGGCAACCACAGAAUGAGGACUGAAACCAAAGCAGCCAAAACCUUGUGCAUUAUUAUGGGAUGUUUCUGUCUCUGUUGGGCACCAUUUUUCAUCACAAAUAUCGUGGACCCGUUUAUAAACUACUCUGUUCCAGACCAGCUAUGGACAGCUUGUCUAUGGCUCGGAUACAUUAAUUCAGGGUUGAAUCCAUUUCUGUACGCUUAUUUGAAUAAGUCCUUCAGGCGCGCCUUCCUGAGAAUUCUGUGUUGUGGUGAACGAUACAGGCGAUCCUCUUUACUGGGACAGACAAUACCAUGUUCUACGACAACAAUCAAUGGAUCAGCUCAUGUGUUGAGGUACACAGUUUUACACAAUGGUCAUCUUCAGGAGCAUGAGAACCUGUCUCUCCAAACUGAUACUCAGUCAUAAAAAUAGAGUGUCUGAACAGGACUGAGACACAGAACAUAUGGCCUUAUCCCAUCACUGGAAUUAUUUUUUCUCUCUUGGUUUGAAACCUUGGUCCUAUUACUAAAUUCUGAAUACAUGUUUACGGUACCAUUAAACCCAAAAUAAAAUAUUACUUUGCAUGGUUGGAGCAGGAGUUUUGUAAAUAUUUAUUAUGGUAAAUAAAAUAUACUCCUAAUGGGAAUUUUUAUGAAUGGCAUCUAAAAUUACGAGCUUAUGUUGUACUUUCCUGUUACUAUAUGACAGCUGUUUUAAACCAAAUGUGCAGAAUGUAAUUUUAAAUAAAACAAAAUAAAACUGCUUUUUACAUAUAGAUCAAAUGCACGCAAUCUUUUGCUGUUGAGUUUCUGCUUGAUAAAUGAGAAGUACUAUUUGUAAGCUUUAAAGUCAAGUUGUGUAAAUCUGUCUCUUCAAAACAUGAAGGCUGUCCACUGCAUUGAAACUAUUUUACGUUGUGAAAGGAACUUUGGAGAUAGCCUCCUAGAAAAUUGUAACCCAUAUUGCUUCUAUUGAAAGUGGGAGAUGAGAGUUUACUGACUCCAGCAACUGAGUCAUAAGCUUUUACUAUAAUUCUCAUACCUUGUCAGAUAUUGGAAAAUGGAGCAGUGUUUAAUAUAUACCUAAGUUGUCAUUUAUUACUGGAUAUUAUCUAAAGCAAGACUGUGUGAAUAGAUUCAUAGUUUUGUAGAAUUGUGUUCAACAGGAUCAGUUGGUUAAUGAUCAAAUGUUGUAAUGAAGCAGGAAUAGUUUGAGAGAAACAAAACAAAUGCUUAUGUUAGAUUUUAUUCCGUCACAAGGUAUUGAAUUGUUUAUUGUUACCAUUUGAAACAGCUUUAACAACUUAUGCUAUCUUUUCAAAUGCUGCUGUCAGAUGUUUUGAGAGGAAAAUAAAUAUUUAAAAUG